AUAUGUUUAGGCUCAGACAGAGAGAGAGGCCAGACUGCCCCUGUCCUAUUUUCUCGUACGGUUGGCUACCAGCUCUUCAGUUGGGGUUGACUCCGUGGUCAUUGUCCUGGAAGCUCUGUAUCUGAGUUGAGGUCAACAUAAAAUGGCGGAUGAUGAAAUGAACUUUGAGGAACCAUAUGGGUCUCUAUCAGAGGCGGAGAGAAAGUGUGAACCUUUUUUUAUUGAGGAGGAAGAUGAAGACUACUUUGAAGAUUGUUUGGAAGAGACCGAAGCAGCCCGAACUAUGCCCGGAGUGUCCAUGACUUAUUCACAAAAAUGCAGAGAAGCCUUGCAAGCUGAGUUUAAUGGACUUAUGCAACAGAUGUUGGCACAGUUGGAUCAUUUCGAGACAACACAUCAAACCGCAUCAACAUCGCUGGAUUUAUUUUCAGAACCAGAUCAUAAAACCGACAGGAAUGGAUCCACAAACACAAUCAUUUUUGGAGAGUCGUUCAUUCCAGAAGAAGAGAAAGCUGUGUCUGUGGUCAAAGAUGAUGCUUUGGGAUUUUGUAUUGAGGCGGGACCCGAGUUGUCAACCACCAUGGAAAUAAAAAAGCUGAGAGAAGCUUUUGAGAGCUGUAUAGAGGAGGUGGGACAGUUGGAGCGCAAAAGGGACGAGUUGGUUCAGGAGCUCCUGGAGCUGGAGGAGUCCAUGGCGAUAGAGUUACAGACUCUGAGGAAAGAUCUUGAGGAGGAGCAAGGCCUUCUGUCCAAAGUCAAACUGGAGAAACACAGGCUUCAGGAGGAGACUCUAAUGACUAAGAGACGCCUGUUCAUAGCGGCUCGAGACUGUGCACAGAGACAAAUAGAACUUGCAGUACAACAGAGAGAAGUGGAACAGCUUAACCAAGCUCAGGAGGAGCUGAAGGCCCAUCUUGUAAAUCUCACUGAAGAGAUCGCUAAGCUCAAUUCAGAUCAUCAAAGUCACUUGCAGGCACUGCAACAGCAGCAGAACAACCUCACUCAAGAAUCCAGCAAAAAGAAGACAUGCUCCUAUGUGACACAAGGACGACGAGCAUCAUGUGACUUACAGCAGUACCUGCAAGGAGGGAUAAAAGCGCUGGAGGAGUUUUACGAGCCCCGGUUGGUGUCACAACUGAAGAGACGAGAGGCCACCACAGAAGGCCUCAGAAAGGCUAAAGAGCAAUGCCAGGAGCUGAGGUCCAAGCUAGGGCCACUGAAAGAUGAGGAACAGACGCUGAGACUUCAGAAGACAUGCCUGGAAGAAAGACUCAGAUUAAUGGAGAGCCAAAGGAAAGAAAACGUUGAACAAUAUCGGGAGACAAUUGACCACCUCGAGGAAAAUAGCAGAGAGCUAAAAACUGAGCUUCAAAUCCAGAUGAAGAAGACAGAAGAAUUGGAGAUGCUGAAGAACAGCAUGGCCAAACAAAUGCUCUUCUACAGAGAGAGCAUAGAGGGCGUCUGCAAGAAUGAGAACACUGUGAGGGUGGAAAAUACCUAAAUGACAUAUGCUGCAUUCAUAUUUAUUACAUUAAAUGCUUCUGGUAUCUUGUUUUCUAGUUAAAUACAAGCUUCACCAAUAACCUUCACCUAAAAUUAACCACAAACAACUGACAUGUAUGUAUGUCAACAAACAUCAAAGCAGAAAAUAAAAUCAAAACAGGCCUACAGCACUAAGAAUACCAGGACCAAGCAUGGCAGAGAGAUCUUUAUCUGAAGUUACACAACUCGUGUUCUUAUAAUGGCCGUGUUGUUGUAAAGCGUGUCAGCCAAUGAAAAUGAAAAAAUAAAGCUUUUAUAUCCAGUGGUGCCUGUGAACCGAAUGCUUUCUCUUAUGAGUAAGCGAGGUGGGCAAAAACAAGGACAUAUUUGGGCACUGUUAGAGAGCUCUUUAAACAUACUGAUGAGGUGAUGACUGGAGGGAAAGGGUAUAAGACUAUUGAAAGAUGGAUUAAGCACUUUGUUGGAUUUAUACGUUUGGUUAAUAAGUUCUGAUAUAAACAUGUAUGAAUUAGACAUUUUGUUUACGUGACCUGAACCUGAUUGCAGAUACAAACUCAGUCCAAGUGACAAGUAUUCUGGGUUAUUUUUUAAACAAGCUUUGAAGAGUGGCAAGAAUAAUUUUAUGAAUUUUGCUGCUGUAGCAAAAGACAACAACUAUAUAAAUAAACAACUA